UUUUUUCUCCUUCUCUUUUUCACCUCCAGUUCCCUCCAGACAGAAAACGAUGACGACGAAGUGACGAACAAAACCUGGGUGUUGACCCCGAAGGUGUACGAGAGUGACGUCACACACAUCCUCAACAGUUUACUAGACGGCUAUGACAACAAGCUGAGGCCGGAUAUAGGAGUCAAACCCACUGUGAUCCACACGGACAUGUUUGUUAAUAGCAUCGGCCCUGUAAACGCAAUCAACAUGGAAUACACCAUCGACAUCUUCUUCGCUCAGACCUGGUACGACAGACGCCUGAAGUUCAACAGCACCAUGAAGGUCCUGCGUCUCAACAGCAACAUGGUAGGAAAGAUCUGGAUCCCUGACACCUUCUUCCGGAACUCCAAGAAGGCCGACGCCCACUGGAUCACCACACCCAAUCGCAUGCUCCGGAUUUGGAACGAUGGGCGGAUCCUGUACACGCUGAGGUUGACCAUCGAUGCCGAGUGCCAGCUUAAACUGAAUAACUUUCCCAUGGAUGAGCAUUCCUGUCCCCUGGAGUUCUCGAGCUACGGAUACCCAAAGGAGGAGAUCAUUUAUAAGUGGAAGCGGAGUUCUGUCGAGGUCGGAGACAUCCGCUCCUGGAGACUGUAUCAGUUCUCCUUCGUGGGUCUCAGGAACAUCUCGGAUAUCAUCAGCACCUUUUCAGGUGACUAUGUGGUGCUGACCGUCUUCUUCGACCUGAGCAGGAGAAUGGGCUACUUCACCAUCCAGACCUACAUCCCCUGCACCCUGAUCGUCGUCCUCUCCUGGGUCUCCUUCUGGAUCAACAAGGACGCUGUCCCUGCUCGCACAUCCUUAGGAAUCACCACAGUGCUCACCAUGACAACGCUCAGCACCAUCGCCAGGAAGUCGCUGCCCAAAGUGUCGUACGUGACGGCCAUGGACCUGUUCGUGUCCGUGUGCUUCAUCUUCGUGUUCGCGGCACUGAUCGAGUACGGGACGCUGCACUACUUCGUGAGCAACCGCAAACCGAGCAAGAACAAAGACAAGAAGAAGAAAAACCCGCUCCUCCGGCUGUUUUCCUCAAAGCAGAACCCGACGGUGGAUAUUCGUCCCCGCUCGGCUACGGCGAUCCAGAUGAACAACGCCGCGCACAUGCAGGAGCGCGACGAGGAGUUCGGCUAUGAGUGUCUGGACGGGAAAGACUGCACAAGCUUCUUCUGCUGCUUUGAGGAUUGUCGUUCCGGGGCAUGGCGUCACGGUCGCCUGCACAUCCGGGUCUCCAAGAUCGACUCGUACGCACGCAUCUUCUUCCCCACCGCCUUCGGCCUCUUCAACCUCGUAUACUGGGUGUCAUACCUGUACCUGUGAGCGCUGCCGCUACGCCUGCAGCACAUUGCUAUCCAUACAAUGUAAUGCUAAACAUACAAUGCUAAUCAUACAACAUACCGCUAAUCCUAUAGCGUAAUGCUAAUCAUACUACAUAAUGCUAGUCAUAUAGUAUAAGGCUAAUCGUACAAACGCUGCUUUUUUAAUACAGUCUUUAUUGCUAACAUUUCCUUGUCGCCUCCGUCCUGAUUCACUGUGCCCUUGUCGACUUCCCCUUACCUGUGUUACACUACUGUGCACUUCUUCUACAGGACUAAAAACACUAGAUAGUGGGAUGUAAUCCUCUAGAUUAUUGGAUGUGUAAUCCUCUAGAUUGUUGGUGAUCUAGUCCCCUAAUGGUUAAAGACUAGAAACACUGCAGUCCUGGGAGGUGUAGUCCACUAGAUUGUCAGAAGGUUUGCGCCGAUAAUGAUAGAUCAAGUCCACUAGAUAUUGGGAUGUGUAGUCAUCUAUAUUGUGGGCAAUCUAGUCCCCUAGAUAGUGAGGGAUAUCAAUGAUGGUUAUGGAGUAGAAACAGUGGAGUUGUAGGGAGGUGUAGUCCACUAAAAUGUGGACUGUAGUAAAAGAGAUAAUGGGAGAUGCAGACAAGAGGAAGCUAUCGUCUAGAUUAUGAGUUCUAGACCCCUAGAUUGUGAGUGAUGAUGGUUAUUGACUAAAUAGCAUGGGAUUGUGGGAGGUGUCGUUCACUAGAUGUAGUACACUAGGUAGUAGCAUAUCUCUAUGAUGUUUAUAGACUAAAUCCGACUAGACUGAGGGAGAUGUAGUCUACUGGAUAUUGGGAGAACUAAUCAGGUAGAAAAUGGCAGGGCAAGUCCGCUAGAUUGAUGGUUAUUUAGAGCCCUGGAUAAUAAGAGAUUUCAGUAACAAGAUGUAAACAAAUAGUUUGAUGGAGUCCACUAGAGUAUGGAAGAUCAGGUACACUAGAUAUUGGAAUGUGUAGUCCUCUACAUUGUGGCUGAUCUAGUCCCCUAGAUACUGGAUGAUUUCAGUGAUAGUUAUGGACUAAAUUUCACUGGAUUUUGGGAGAUGUAGUCCACUACAUGCAGUUCACUAGAUAGUAGAACACGAUCAAGUUCGGUACAUUUUUGGGAUUUGUAGUCUUCUAGAUUGUGAUUGCCUAGUCCCCUAGGUAGUGGGAGAUAUCAGUGACGGUUAUUAACUGGAAUUGUGGAAGGUGUAGUCCACUAGAUAGUGAGAGAUGUAGACUAGACAGUGGGAGUUGUAAACUAGUUGGUGUCAGUUGUGGUCCACCAGAAAAUGGGAGAUCUAGUCAGGUAGAAAUGGUAGAUAUGAGUCAGUC